AUCAGGCCCAAUGGCCGAUGCGGUUAGUUACCAGUUAUCAGGCUAGACUCACGGAUCAGAACGUGAGACUAGCCAAAAAGAGAAGAUGAAGCGUUUUGCCCUCGUGCCAUUGAUGGCGUUGAACUCUUUUCCGGUUGGGUUGUGCAUGUAGCAAGAUGGGUAAACCCCGUGGAUUGCGCACUGCGCGAAAACAUGUUAACCACCGCCGUGAUCAACGGUGGAACGACAAAGAUUACAAAAAAGCUCAUCUCGGUACCAGAUGGAAGGCGAAUCCCUUUGGCGGGGCAUCCCAUGCCAAGGGAAUAGUACUCGAAAAAGUGGGUGUGGAGGCGAAACAGCCAAACUCUGCCAUUAGAAAAUGUGUCAGAGUACAGUUGAUAAAAAACGGGAAAAAAAUAACGGCGUUUGUACCUAGAGACGGAUGUCUUAAUAACAUUGAAGAAAACGACGAAGUCCUCGUCGCCGGAUUCGGACGAAAAGGACAUGCGGUGGGUGAUAUCCCCGGUGUUCGAUUUAAAGUUGUUAAAGUAGCAAAUGUAUCGCUAUUGGCCCUCUACAAAGAGAAAAAAGAGCGUCCUAGGUCGUAAGUCAACUACACGUAUAUCUCGUGUUAUGUCAACAACAUCUAAAAAAAAAUAAAAACUUUCCUGUUUGGAAAAACAAA